AUGGAUCUGAAGAUUUUUUCAGAACCUGGGAAUGACAAAAUAGAUACACUUACAAAAUCUGAGAAUUACACCUUAAGAAUCGACGUGAAGGAUUUUUCUGGAAAUUCCCGUCAUGCUAGCUACAACACCUUCAAUGUCGGAAAUGAAGAAUCAGGGUACAUCUUAAAAGUCUUAGGUUACAGUGGGGAUGCUGUCAACUCAAUGUCUAUUCACAACAAUGGCACAUUCGUCACCAAGGAUCGUGAUAAUGAGAGAUCUUGUGCAAAUCAAUUAUUUGAUUACAAUGGUAAUGCUGCAAUGCAACGCCUUAACAAAGAUGAACGCAAAGACGAAUGCAAAUUGUGUUCCCAAGAGACUGAGAAGAGCUGGUUUUCGUCUACGACAUCCGUAAACUGGAAAUCCACUAGCGCUGAGAUGUCGCAAAGAACGAGGCUCAUUCGAGAUUCCAGGUCCGAGGAGUUAUUGACAUUAGAGGACAGGACACAGUUAUCAACAUUUAUUGGCAAAAACAGCAGUUUUGAAUUGUUAUAUAAAAUAAGUCGUGAUGGUUGUUCGGCGACAAGGUUUCACCAGUCCUGUGACUACAAAGGUCCUACAGUUACGGUCCUUUACAAUACUGAUAAUAGCGUGUACGGAGGAUUCCUUUCAGAAGACUGGAAAGUAGGAAGGCCAUCAACAAGCAUAGAGGAUAAAAAAGCCUUCAUUUUCACUUUACGCGACAGGGGUGUUUCAGAGCCAAUGAAGUAUCCCGUCAUAAAACCUGAACAUGCUGCAUUUGCAUCGAAGGAAUUUGGGCCAACCUUUGGUGCAGGGAGUCUUCUGGAUGUUGAUGAACCUAGACAAUUAGUUCAUAAGCAUAAGAAAAUGGCUUUUAGAAAAACUGGGGCCCCUCAGAACCACCAAAUUGAUAAUGCAACUGUAGAUCUGUUAACAUUUUAUGGAACUGUAGAACCAACUGUGGAUAGAUGUACAGGAACCACAGAUUAUGUACUAAAUGGAAAAGCUGAUUUCAGAUUUGCCUAUGGGGGAGAUAAUGAGCCUAUGUGGUGCGCAUAUCACAUGUGUGUCUUUGACCUAGAGGUGUAUAAAGUUAAAGUUGGUGAAAAUUUACUUUAUCCAAAGCCCUCCCAUGAGACAUGGAGAGAGUCUCCUUGCUGGGAUGAACAGACAUUUCGAAAAUUAAAGGACAGAGUUUCCAAUUAUAAACCCUUAGACGAUUCGGGUUUAUCUGAAGUGAACAUCUUAUUAGUAGGCCAGAUUGGAGCUGGGAAAUCCAGUUUUUUCAACACUGUAAACUCAAUAUUCCGAGAGGAAGUGACUGCUCGGGCAUGCGCAGGAAACUCAAAACAUAGUCUUACUACAGUUUAUCGAAAAUAUCGAAUUAGAAACCCGGAAACUGGUGGCUAUUUAAACUUCCGCCUCUGUGAUACACGUGGAAUUGAGGAAGAUAUGUGCAUCAAACAUCAGGAUAUGGUAUCCUUAUUAGACGGACAUCUCCCUGAUCAACACAAGUUUAAUCCUGCGGCUCAUGCUACCGAAAAGGACCCUGGCUUUAAUACAAAACCUACCUUUCAGGAUAAAAUACAUUGUGUAGCUUUUGUUAUGGAUGCGAGUACCAUUGAUGUUCUUCAAGGAUCAGUCUCGCAGAAACUGGAAGAAUUUCAUUCUCUUAUGAUUGAAAGGGGAAUUCCACAAAUAGUUUAUUUGACGAAGUUGGAUAAAAUCUGUCCAUUUGUGGAUGACGACGUUCGCAGAAUAUUCAACAGUGAAGCUUGUAAACAAGCGGUGGACAAAGCGGCUGAGGUCAUUGGGCUUCCACGCUCUCAUGUUUUCCCAGUGAAGAACUAUGAAAAAGAAACACAGCAGCAAAUAUCAGUUGAUAUUUUGGCGCUCUCCGCUGUCAGACAUACGCUUGUGUAUGCAGAUGAUUAUCUCGAAGAUCAGUUCGAACUCUCACAAACUGAAGAGCAACUUCAGCUUCUUAAACUAUAGUAUUCCAGUGUUACAGCUUGAUGAAGUCUUAAUUUACCACUUAAAUCUUACUUAAAUGACAUUUAUCAAUGUUUCAUAUUUAUACCCUGUAUUAUUUCAACAUA